ACCAGAAUGCGAGUGGCAACAUCCCAUCCCAUCCAACAUAAGCGGAAAUCCAAAAAUCGAGUCCUAUCUCUAAGCUGAGCCAAUCACAUGCCACCACGUGUACGGAGAAAGCUACUCCCAAGCUGAUCAUCUUCUUCUUCUUCCAGCAAAACUCCUCUCUCAAUGAACAAAAAACGACGCUGUGGAGCUCGCAAAUCCAGAGUUUCUAAGCCUAAAAAGCCCAAAUUCCUCAGCCUCCGCCGCCAGUUCCCUCCGGAUGAGAUGCAGGCCCCCGCCGCCUCCGCUGAUUCCCGCCAGCUCGACCUAUUCCCUCUCCACCCCGACCACGACCGAGAAUGCCAGGAUCAAGCCGAGAACGUCGCCCUAUUUUUCUCCGCCACCGACGACGGCGGCGCCACCACCACCCUCACCGGCCUUCUCGACAACUCCUCCGCCGUCGACUCCAACUCCUCACACACAAACAACAACAGUUCCAGGGUGGACUAUUUAUCGCCGUCGUCAGCGUCGCUAACAUACGCCUACGGCGAGGAGCGGGCGGCGCUGGUGCGGACGGCGUUGAGGAGCAGGGAUCGGGAAUCAGGCGAGGAGAAGUGGGUGAGGUACUCGGAGGUGGUGGAGAGGAAGGUGAAGGAGGAGGAGGUGACGAGCUCCGCCGUGGACCGGCGGCCCUCGGCGGCGCAGCGUAUGUCACUGAAGCUGGAUUACGACGAAAUCAUGAACGCUUGGUCCAACAAAGGGCCACUCUUCGUUGACGGUGGGGAGACUUCGCAGAUAGUCCCCGACGUUAAACACCAUUUUCUCGGAGUGAGCUGGGAUUAUAACAAUUCAGGGUUGUGGACAGUUCCAGAAAUUGAAAAGGGAGAGGAAAUGAAGAAUGUUGAAGGGCAAAGGAAAGCUAGUGUGUUAAGGUACAAAGAGAAGAGGCAGAAUAGGCUCUUCUCCAAGAAGAUUCGAUAUCAAGUUAGAAAACUCAAUGCUGAGAAACGACCUCGGCUCAAGGGUCGAUUUGUGAAGAAGAGCUGAGAGAGAGAGAGAGAGAUAGGAAGUCUAGUGAUGAAUCCGCGAAUUAUUGAUGUUAAUAAAUGCUGGUAGAGAAUGAAGAUUAUGACACAGAAUUUUACGUGGUUCGAUUUACUGAGGUAAA